AUGUCGCUCUCUGAAAAGGCCUCUCGAUCCCCAUCGCCCACUAGCAGCGUUCCCCUCAACGACCUGGAGGCAAACUCCGAACGCAGCCCGGCGAGUGUCGAUGGUUUCUCCGCGUCGCAAACGUUCGCCAGCCACCAGGAAUCAGAACUACCUAUCAAAGAUCUUUCAGACAGUUGGCCAGACUAUCUGGACGACUUCCUUGAAAAACUGGGCAUAUUUCUCACUCCAAGCUUCUUGCAGCACCGAGUGGGUGGUCAACCGCCGCAACUCAGCAAACUCCAUGGCAUCGCGGCGCUUGACGGUUUGAGAGGCUGGGCUUGUCUGCUGGUCUUCAAUUUUCACUUCCUCUUCACCUACACAUGGAAGGUAUCCGUCGGGUGGGGGUUUCCUGGGGACAACUUUGGGAUUUUGCAGUUUCCCAUCUUUCACCUCUUGAUCUCCGGUCAUAUUAUGGUUGCUAUCUUCUUUGUGAUCUCGGGUUAUGUGCUUUCAUAUAAGCCUUUGAAACUGUGCCGGAGUCGUUCCUGGGAACAGACCUUCAACGUUCUGGCCUCCUCGACCUUUCGUCGCGGGCUGCGACUAUAUAUCCCCUCACUCGUCGGUAUCUCGCUCGUUGUGCUUGCCGUGCGCGCGGGCGUCUAUGAUUAUGCAAAAGAAGUGAUUGAUGAGGGCCACACGAUCCAGGGUACGAAUGAACAGCAUCCACCUAUCUUCAAAACCUGGUACUUGCAGUAUUGGAGUUGGCAUUAUGAGGUAGCAGAACUAUUCAACUUCUGGCACUGGGAAAUGUACUUCAACUACUACAACCCUCACCUGUGGACUAUCCCCGUCGAAUUUCGCUGUUCCAUCGUCCUAUUUGUCACUAUAUUGGCCACUUCUCGCCUAGUGGCCGCUGUGCGAAUGACCUUAGUCUGCGGUCUGAUCUGGUUCUGUACGCGCUGGGGUCGAUGGGAUGUUAUUUUGUUCCUCUCUGGCAUGUUGAUGGCGGAGCUGGACCUCAUAUAUGGGACGUGGGAACGCUCAUCAACGGAAGAAAAAUCCACGAGCAGCACUCCCAAUUCUCUCAAGGAGUAUUUCCAAAUGUCGGGCUGGAAAUGGUGGAUCGCCAUUUUUAUCUUCGGCCUCUACCUGGGAUCCUCCCCGAACACUGGAUUUAAAUGGACCCCCUUCUAUAUGUGGCUCUGGGAACUGACCCCAGAAUACUAUCGGGACCCGGAUCGAUUCCCUCAAUCACUCGGGGCAAUCCUAAUCGUUUUCAGCAUCAACCACUCCAAGGAGGUACAGAGGCUCUUCACGAACCCUCUCUCGCAGUACCUGGGCAAGAUCUCCUAUGCGUUCUACAUUGUCCACGGUCCCAUCCUCCACUCCUUGGGAUACUCUAUCAUGCCCAGUAUCUGGAAUACAGUGGGCAAGGAGACCAAUUUUCAAUAUUGUCUUGGCUUCCUGAUCGGCUGGCUCAUUUGUCUUCCUGUUUCUAUUUGGGCCGGCGAUAUCUUUUGGCGAGCGGUUGAUAUCCCGAGUGUCAAGUUUGCCCGGUGGAUCGAGGCAAAAAUCACAGCCAACCCUACUGAACAGAAAAACGGCCAUGUUCCAUAA